AAACACUAACUCCACACAAUUCCAACAACUCACACGGACGUUGCACGUACUACAAAAAUCACAGUGAAAAUGAGGUCAUUUGUUUUGAUAGCCCUUCUCGCUUGCACUCAUGCAGCCGUGCUGAGGAGCGACAAGGAUGGUGAUACGCCAAAGCUACUGGGUUUGACCGCUAUCAAUCCUAUGGGCAUUGUCGUGGAGUGGUCUCCUGUGAAGAAGCUGGGAGAUGAACCUGUCAUUGGGUAUAAGGUUUUAAUCAGAGAGAUGAUGGACUCAGCUGCGUUAGACUUGUCGAACGGUCCCAUCACUGUUCCUGCCGUUAUACAUACGAAGGUUGAAAUCGCAGAGGAUCCGCAAGGCAACUCGAUUAAAGAGUUCAUUGUCACAGGAGCUGAGAACACAUCCUACAAGUACACUGAAAUUGAAAAAGGGCGGCAAUACAAGAUACGAGUCAAAGCCUUCACUGCCAACACCGACGGACCUCUAUCCGACAAAAUGGGAAUCAAAUUCGAAGCUUAACUUUAACAAAUGUUUAUGAAAAUUCCGACCGUCUUGAUUAAUAACAUUGUAACAUACAA